GGGAGCCCGGCGGCUCGCAGCUAGCCGGCCCGCCGGUACCCGGCACCUGGAAGAGGAUCACCCCGCUCCCUCGUGGACAAAGACCAGAGAAGUCUCUGCUCUCCGUCCUCCUCCUGCUCAGGCUCCCGGGGCUGCCGAAACGUCCGCCCGCGCAGCAGCGCUCAUCCCGCUCAGGCAGAGCGAUGCUGAAGCCCGGCGACCCCGGCGGAUCCGCGUUCCUGAAGGUGGAUCCCGCCUAUCUACAGCACUGGCAGCAGCUCUUCCCUCAGAGCAGCCAGCUCAAAAGCAGCGGGGCCCUCGCCCAGCUUCAGCCGCCCGAGAGAGCCGAGCCCCCGGCUGAUAGCCUCCGCCAGCGCCCGACCUCCCUCUCCUCCGUCUCCUCCUCCUCUUCCUCGUCCACUCCGUCUUCCUCCUCUACCUCCUCGUGCGUUGCCGCGGCGGCCGCUUCCCUGGCCGGCCUGACCUCUCUGCCUGUGACCCAGCUCCCAGUCUUCGGCCCGCUACAGAGCUCGGAUCUCCCAGCCGCAGGAGCGCCCACUCCCCUGCAGGGCAAGGACUUGUGCGGGGGCGGCAGCGGCGGCAGCAAAUGCGGCGACCGUGCGGUCGCUCGGUACCGCUGCACGGCCGAGGAGCUGGACUACUACCUGUACGGUCAGCAGCGCAUGGAGAUCAUCCCCUUGAAUCAGCACACCAGUGACCCCAACAACCGAUGUGACAUGUGUGCUGACAACCGCAACGGUGAGUGCCCUAUGCACGGGCCCCUCCACUCCCUGCGCCGGCUGGUGGGCACCAGCAGUGCAGCCGCAGCAGCCCCUCCACCUGAGAUCCCAGAGUGGCUCCGGGACCUGCCCCGAGAAGUGUGUCUGUGCACCAGCACUGUGCCUGGCCUGGCCUAUGGCAUUUGUGCGGCACAGAGGAUUCAGCAGGGCACCUGGAUUGGGCCCUUCCAGGGAAUCCUGCUCUUGCCAGAGAAGGUUCAAGCAGGUGCCAUCAGGAACACUCAGCAUCUCUGGGAAAUAUAUGACCAAGAUGGGACGCUGCAGCACUUUAUCGAUGGUGGAGAACCCAGCAAGUCAAGCUGGAUGCGGUAUAUUCGAUGCGCGAGGCACUGUGGAGAGCAGAACUUAACAGUGGUUCAGUACAGAUCCAAUAUAUUCUACCGGGCCUGUAUAGAUAUUCCCAGGGGCACUGAGCUGUUGGUGUGGUACAAUGACAGUUACACAUCUUUCUUUGGAAUCCCUCUCCAGUGCAUUGCACAGGAUGAAAAUUUGAAUGUCCCUUCGACUGUAAUGGAGGCCAUGUCCAGACAAGACACCCUACAGCCAUUUAAUAAAAGUAGCAAACUAUCCCCUGCCACUCCACAGCGAUCCGUAGUAUUUCCACAGACUCCGUGUAGCAGAAAUUUUUCUCUCCUGGAUAAGUCUGGGUCCAUCGAGUCAGGAUUUAACCAGAUCAGUGUCAAAAACCAACGAGUUCUUGCAAGCCCAACUUCAACAAGCCAACUAAAUUCUGAGUUCAGUGACUGGCAUCUUUGGAAAUGUGGGCAAUGCUUUAAGACUUUCACCCAGCGGAUCCUCUUACAGAUGCAUGUGUGUACACAGAACCCUGACAGGCCCUACCAGUGUGGUCACUGCUCCCAGUCUUUCUCCCAACCUUCAGAGCUGAGGAACCACGUAGUUACGCACUCCAGUGACAGGCCUUUCAAGUGUGGCUACUGCGGUCGUGCCUUUGCUGGUGCCACAACACUCAACAAUCACAUCCGGACACACACUGGGGAAAAGCCCUUCAAGUGCGAGAGGUGUGAGAGGAGCUUCACACAAGCUACCCAGCUGAGUCGACACCAGAGGAUGCCCAAUGAGUGCAAGCCAAUAACAGAGAGCACAGAAUCAAUUGAAGUGGAUUAACUGAUUGACUGGUUGGAAUUAAACUGCAAGGAAAGUCAUGAUUAAAUGUCACGGACACUUAAGCAAAACCAAAGAUUUCC